ACUAACACUACCAAGACUACUUUUGCAUCACGAAGCGAACAUCCAUGCAAGCGGUUGCUAUCGAACACAUUUCUUAUUUGUUUUAUGGGCUCCGGUUCCACGUGGACGCAACACUUGGUAAAUUCAGCUGUAUGUCCAGGUUACCAAUGCAACUCCAAAGUACAACCAGAAGGGUUUAAUAAAAGAUACAUGGAUCUUCUGGCUUUACGAAAAUGCCACCACAUGAUCGAACUGUGUGACCAUCCUGGGAUUGAGAAGAUCAUCCUGCUCGUGCGAAAUCCGCUUGAUGCGCUUGUUGCUAACUUUAACCACAAACGAGUUGGUCGACGCAGUGAAGUCACCGACUGGUCCACUGAUUCUAGAUUAUGGCAAAAAUUUCUGGACGGCGAUAAAUUGGACCAAUGGAAAAACAUCUAUGCGUCUCACCUGACUCAGAAUACAACCUGCACUCCAAAACCUCACACGAAAACUUACCUUCUUCGCUACGAGAAUCUGAAAAAUGACCUUUCGGGGGAACUACGGCGUCUCUACGAGUUCCUGGAUGUAAACAUUUCCGACAACAGAUUCCAGGAAAUUAUGAACGACAGUGAAGGUUGCUUCCACAGAAAGACGUCAUCCAAAUCCGUUGAAAAGAAAUCACAGAACUAUAGUAUGAACCGAUUUUCCCCGGACAAGAUUAAAAAGCUCCAAAGAGACGAGAAGCUGGUAAACGAUCUUCUAAAAAAGUAUAAAGUAGAGAAUUAUGACGGCUGAGCACCGAAGGGGAUUUUGAUAAUUGGAUGUGCAUGUAAGGACCCAUUCUCAGCGAAGCGACAUGUACGUAGAUCGAGCCAACUCCGCAAUGACUGAAUUCAAUCAGAUUAACACGCCUCAUCUUGUUUUUAGCGUACGAACUCGUAAAAUCACCAAUUUACUCAUCCCAAGAAAAUUAUGUACCAGGCCAAAUAUAAUUAAGGUAUAUGAAUUAUUUUCAACAAAAAACAAGACGAAACCCAAUAAUCUGUACAAAUUUAUUAAAAUAGCGAACAAGGUCUUCAGAAUGACAAGCCUGUGUAUGUUGCGUCAUAUGUUCUCCAAACUUUAAG